AGGUCCGAUCAGAACACUAAAGGUUCUGACAGAGCCGUCUUUGUGGGUUUGUCCUGAAAGGCGUCAUUCGGGUCGGACCCGAUUUGCAUGCUGCAGGAAACAGAAACAAACUCAUUUUCAUUUACGGCUGCAAGCUGGCGUCGGGCUGCAGCUCUUCUCUCAUAGGAACCAGAACCAUCAGAGUUCUGCCGGGCAGAACCCGACCCAAACGCUACGAUUCACAGUCUCUCUCCAGAACCUCCUGAUUAUUUCCAACGUGGCCGACAUCUUUAACUAAUCUGCUGAACGCGUCAGAACACAGGCUGGGUCGGAUCCGGGAAUCCUCCAUGGCGGCAGUGGGAGCGGAAGCGACCGGGUCGUGGUUCCUGACACCAGAAGUCUUCCUGCUCCUCAUCCUCAUCAUCCUCCUCUCCAUCUUCCUCACCACUCUCUGCAGCGACUGCAACAGAAACUCGUUUGAGCUCCAGGACUCAAAGACAGAGAAACCGCCGUCAGCUCUCAUCCGAGUGGUGAAGCUGGAGGAGGUGAAGGAGAACCCGAUGAUUGGAGAGAUCCAGAAGGACGAGAGAGAGUUUAGUCCUGGAGGAGAUCCAGCUGAACCGGUCAGUUCCUCCGAGGGCCAACAGGGGGAGCUGCAGAGCCGCCCAGACCUGAAAGGCUCCGCCCCUCGAACCUGCGACCACGUCAGAGAUGGGCGGGGCCACGGCAGCGAACCGCUGGGACCGACAGCCAAUCGGCUGUCAACGCAGCUUCAUUACGUCACUCAGUCCGACGAGAGGAACACGGUUUACGCUCGAGUCAGCAAGAAGCUCCGCUUGGCCAACUCACCUGUUCCCACACCUGGGGGGGCGGGGCCACCGCGGGGGGAGGAGCCUGAGGAUCAGCGCUCCCCUCCGCGGCCUGACCGGGAAACAUGGCGGGAGGACGGAGCAGAAUAACCCCAACACCAGGGGGCGCUGUGGCAGCCAGCUGCAGAGAGGAAGAGGAGAAUGAUGAUGACGCCUCAUCUGACUUCAAACCGUCUGUUACCAUGGAAACGCGAAUCUUUAGAAACCAUCCUGCAUGAAACUUUUGAGUUCUGAUUGGUCCGUUACCGAUCAGCUGAUUGGUCGGUUGUGUUCCGACCCAAACUGGUUCUGAUCAGCUGAUAUCUGCUGCUCGCUUCAUGUCCAUCCAGAAGGGGGCGCUGCAGGAACAGGAACUGAAAUAAAGUUUAAAAGAUUUUAAAGAUUUCUAAACACAGUGGUACAAAAACAGGAAGAUUGAUACGUGUUCAGUGUUUUGUUUUUGUCUUUUUAUUGGAUAAAUAUAGUUUUAGUUCCCUAAAACUGAAAAAGGUGAAGGUGAUGAAAUACGAAAUAUGAGAAAUAAAAUUAUUUGAAAGUUUUCUGCCUGUCUUUGUAUUCUUUCCAUGAAAACCAAUAAUAAUAUUCUCAAACAUUAGUGACGAUUUAGAAUCAACAUUACAAAUGAUAAAGUUAUUAAUUUCUCUCUGAAGUUCCAGAUUAAAUGACUGAUUGUUUCUGGAAGCUCGAUUUUUAAGUUUCUGAUGAAAUAUUAUCGUUUUUCCUCCCAGUAAAUUAGGAACAGAAACAUGUUGAUGAACGACGGAAACAUUCAUUUAUAUUCAUCAUAAAGUUUCCAUAUUUCAUAGAGACAGAAUGAAAACCUAAGUGGAUUUCCGUGGAUGGCCCACAGGGGGCGCUGCACAGCAACACAUCACAUUCACUCUAUUUUCAAUCAAACAUAUCAGAAUAAAAUAGUUUGUUUCCUAAAUGUUUGAUUUUCCUGGAAGUCUGGAUCAAAGAUAAACUGGAAAAUGUUUGUAAACUUCAUCUUUUCCGUUUUUUAUUCAUCUGAUUAGUUUUGUUACUAAUCUCUCAUCAAUAAAGAUAUUUCUCCUGA